AUGCAUUUCACUUAUGUCCUUGCCAUCAUCGGCCUAGCAGGUGCUGCUAUCGCUGCUCCCGCCCCCGAGGCAGAGCCAGAAAUGAUGAAGCGUGCCGACGCGGCUCAGGGUGCUGGUCAAGCUGCGCAGACUGGCCAGAAUGGGCAGAACGGCCAAUGGUGGGGACCCGGAUGGGGACACCCAGGUCAUUAUGGUGGCGGCUGGGGAUGGGGACACCCAGGUUGGUAUGGUGGUGGCUGGCACCAGUAA